GUGGGUCUUCCCAAGAUGGCGGCGACCUCGGUGUGCAGGUUGCUGUCAGGAUGCAGGAAUCUGUGGGUCGGAGCGGGGAUGAUGAGGUCCCUGCAGUCCGCAGGCCGGGUGUCGGGUGGUCUCUCGGGUAUAUUUCACAGCGCGAUGAUGAAACCCACAUCAGAAUGCAAGUUCCUCCACUCAACAGCCGCAUGUAACAGUCUCCAAGAGUUCUUUGACGAUCCAAAGAACUGGGGAGAACCAACAGUGAAGUCUGGUGAUGCUUGGACUUCUAAACAGCUGAGAGGCAAAAGCAACGAAGAUUUACAUAAGCUCUGGUACGUGUUGCUAAAAGAGAAAAACAUGCUUCUGACGUUGGAGCAGGAGUCUAAAAGACAGAGAUUGGCAAUGCCAAGCCCGGAGCGUCUGAGGAAGGUGAACAAAUCCAUGGAGAGGCUGGACACUGUAAUUACAGAAAGGGAAGACGCACUCAGGCUUCUUCAGACAGGACAGGAAAACCCGUACCCGGGCGACUGGAGGAAGAAUGUUUUCGGGGAAACAUAUUGGUAUACAUGCAAGGAAUGGCCGAUGCCUUGGUAUAUGAACAAAGGAUAUAAGGCAAAGAAAUUUUUUGCGUUGCCGUACGUUGAUCAUUAUGUUAGAUUAAAAAUAGAAAAGCAGUUACGGAUCCGAUCAAGAAAAAGAAGAGCUGAGAAAAAAAGGAUCUGUGAUCUCCAAAAAAGGUUCCCUCACAUGGCUAGCAGCUCAUGAAGGAAAAUUUCAGCUAAAUCAACAGUAUAUUCCGCUAACUUAAUAAAACAUGUCUUUACUUUA